AUGCAAUUGUCUUUUGUUCUUCUUGUAGCCUUGGUUGGUGCUGCUACCAGCAACUACUGCAACUCUGGCAGUUCUUUCCCCAAAGAUUGUGAAGACCGCCAGAAAAACCGUGGAUGUUUGUUGGCUGGAGGCGACACCUCUGGUGAAUUCACCACGACGACAGAAAUCAGUGUAACCAGCUCCACCUACGGUCAAUGCACUUGCAGUUGUGAGAGUUCCGGCAGCGACGAGGACUUGAGCUCCGGCAUUGAAGAUCACUCCUCAUCUCAAGAAUCCGGCUCGGGAUCAGGUUUCGGCUACGACGACUACUGCUUGCUCUUCCAAUACUUCUACAACAUCAGCAUCGAGAUCACCGACGUCACCGUGCGCGAAGCUUGGAUUGAAUUCAUUGAAGAGCUCCAAGUAACCGUCAUCUACGAUCAAUCCUUGACUUAUGACGAGAAGUUGGUGGCUGUUUGGUCCAAAUUGGAAAUCUUCUUGACCACCUACUCCGAAAUCAGCGAACUCGUUCUCUAUACCUACAUCGAAGAAUGGAGUGGAUACGUUUUCGACAUCCAGACGGUUGUUGUCUUCAUCCAGUACCAAUACACUUCCACCAUCAUUGAAUUGGAUGCUUCUGAAGACUGUGCUUUGUUCGAUGCUCUCCGCAACUGCACUGCCGUUGAUGCAGAAUUCAGCGCCAGAAUCGAAGUAUUGAUUCAAGAAAUUACCGUCAUUUUGGAAUCCACCAGCUACUCUUACAGCUACCAAUUGGUGUUGGUCUACCAAAAGUUCGAAGCCUUCUUCGCUGAAUACUCUCAAUACGAAUCGACGGUCUUGCAGAUUGAAAUCGAAGGAUAUGGAUCGUUCGCUUCGUUCUACAAAGUCUCUGUUACCGUAAGUUGAUGAAUAUGGCAUUUGUGACAUGAUUGCUAUUUUAAGCCUUAUCGGAUUUCUAGUUUUUGUACUAUAUUGUAUUAGGCUUGUUUUGUAUAAAUAGCCGUUAUAUUCUUUUUAGUACUGGCAAAUCUACAACUUUGACAUUGCCGUCGGAGGAUCCGCUUCUGACUGUGCUCUGAUCCAAACCCUCACCACCUGCUACGAGAACGUCUCUUCCGGAUCCACUUCUGAACGUGCCCAGAUCAAGGAACUCGUGGAGAAGCUAACCACUUACUACGAAUCCAACACCGGAGUGGAAGUUCGUGUAGAAUACUUUGUAGCCCAAUUCUACGAAUGGCUGAUCAUCCAAGAAUGGUCGGUAGAAAUCAUCUUCAGUUUGGAGAUCCAAAGCUAUGGCACCAUCUACGAACUCAUCGUCUCUUACGCUUUCGUGAGUUUACUUUUUUAUUUUACCAUUACCAUAGCCAGAUAUUUGAGCCAAAUAUCCAUUCUCUUUAACCCAAAAAAAUCAAAAAAUAAAAGAACACAACAAUAAAACGAAAUAUUGUACUGACCAUAAAAACUCCUUGUUUCAGUCCAGCGACUGCGGAUGCGUUGACUUCACCGCCCCAACCACCAUAGCCGGAAUCGAUGUCUCCACUUCUGAAUACUCCAGCGGUGGUUCUUCGGUUGAGGCUUCCACCAUCAUUGUUAGCUAA